GGCGGACGGAAGUUAUCGACAACACUUUGAACCCAGAUUUUGUGCGGAAAUUCAUAUUGGACUACUUCUUUGAAGAACGACAGAACCUAAGGUUUGAUCUGUAUGAUGUUGACUCCAAGAGCAGCAACCUCUCAAAACAUGAUUUUCUGGGCCAGGCUUGCUGUACAUUGGGAGAGGUGGUGGGUUCGUUGGGCAGCCGUCUGGAGAAAAACCUUGGGGGGAUUCCAGGGAAGAAAUGUGGGACAAUAAUCGUGAAGGCAGAGGAGCUGAGCAACUGCAGGGAGUCUGUGCUGAUGCAAUUCUGUGGCAACAAACUGGACAAGAAGGACUUCUUUGGCAAAUCGGAUCCGUUCCUAAUGUUUUAUCGCAGCAAUGAGGACGGAACCUUUACCAUUUGUCAUAAGACAGAAGUGGUGAAGAACACUCUGGAUCCGGUGUGGCAAGCCUUCAAAAUCCCCGUCAGAGCCCUGUGCAAUGGAGAUUAUGACAGAACGAUCAAGGUUGAAGUGUAUGACUGGGAUCGUGACGGCAGCCACGACUUCAUUGGAGAGUUCAGCACAAGUUAUAGAGAGCUGUCAAGAGGCCAGUCGCAGUUUAACGUGUACGAGGUCAUAAAUCCCAAGAAAAAAGAGAAGAAGAAAAAAUAUCUCAACUCUGGAACUGUGACACUGCUGUCAUUUCUCGUUGAUACCGAAGUCACGUUCCUGGAUUACAUCAAAGGCGGGACUCAGAUUAAUUUCACAGUGGCGAUUGAUUUCACAGCUUCUAACGGCAACCCUGCCCAGCCCACUUCCCUCCAUUACAUGAGUCCCUACCAGCUCAACGCCUACGCGAUGGCACUGAAAGCCGUGGGGGAGAUCAUACAGGACUAUGACAGCGACAAGAUGUUCCCUGCACUGGGCUUCGGAGCCAAACUGCCUCCUGAUGGGAGAAUAUCCCACGAGUUUGCCCUGAAUGGAAACCCUCAGAAUCCAUAUUGCAAUGGCAUUGAUGGAGUCAUGGAGGCGUAUUACCAGAGUCUUAAAUCUGUCCAGCUCUACGGUCCCACCAACUUCUCACCUGUCAUUAACCAUGUAGCCAGAUACGCCGCCUCAGUAAAGGACGGAUCGCAGUACUUCAUCCUCCUCAUCAUCACGGAUGGAGUGAUUUCAGAUAUGGCCCAGACAAAGGAGUCCAUUGUUAAUGCUGCAUCUCUUCCCAUGUCAAUUAUAAUCGUUGGAGUUGGACCGGCGGAGUUUGACGCCAUGAUUGAGCUGGAUGGGGAUGAAGUCAGAAUCUCAUCGAGGGGCAGAUAUGCUGAAAGAGACAUCGUACAGUUUGUUCCAUUCAGGGACUACAUCGACCGCACGGGGAACCACAUCCUCAGCAUGGCCCGUCUGGCCAAAGACGUUCUGGCGGAGAUCCCCGACCAAUUCCUAUCCUACAUGAGAACCAGAGGCAUCAAGCCGUCCCCUGCUCCUCCUCCGUACACACCUCCAGGACACCCGCUGCAAACUCAGAUCUGAAACGGGCCCGGCGGCGAGCCUUGCAGCACACCAGUAUCUCUUUCUCAAAUCACUCAGCGAGGUGAAGGUUUCCUCAGCUCUUUCUGUCCCUUUUCUCUUUGCACUACGGGGGCUGUAGUCGGACACCACGGUUUGGAAAGAUUCUGAGGACAGGUUUACUUCCAUUACAGGCGUUCUCUGUCUCUCGGUUUCUCUCUCUCUCUGUCUCUCAAUGCCCGGAUAGCUUGUGACCGAGGGCCGCGUUACUGAAUGACCGUCGCAUUUAUGAAGGUAUGGAAAAACUGACGACGUUGCGCCCGGUGUCAGAACAGCAGAGCAGCUUCCUCUUCCUCAGACAGGGAAAAGGCUAACAAAUCACCAGUCGCUAACAAGACUGUUGUAAAUAACUUUCUUCCGUCGUUUCUUAUCUCUUCCUCCUCUUUCUUCUCUGAGCUCUCACUCAAUGUUUACAUGUUAUGGGUUUUCUUACUGGUGGAGCCAACUUUUAUAUUUCUUCGACAUGAACUUUGCCGUACAAAUCCUCGCAGCGUGUUAACUUUGCCAUGCCCGUCAGGUGGCAGCGGCCGGUGUCGUUGCAGAAAACCACAUUUCUUGCAUGGAAAUGGUGUGCCCAGGCAUGCGAUGCAUGUUGUGCGAUGUUCAUGUUUUUUGGCCUUUUCUCGUGCUUUCACUCACUUUCUCUUUCUCUCUCCUUUUAUUAUUAUUAUCAUUAUUAUUGCCCUGGCACAAGCACAUCGGGCACUUCAUUGUGUAUAAAAAGAAACCUCAUUGAACUCGACGUGCUUCAUUACAUUUAAAUCAGAGCAGCUGCUCUCAAAUAAGAGCCCAGUGGUCAAAAACACAGAUGCCAUUAUUAUUUCAUGUCUUAAAACAUCGGAUGGAUGCUUUGUCGUCGUUUUGUUCUGUUGAUCUGGUGAUGCUGUGUGCCAUUCAUCAUGUUUAAUCAUUACCAGGUAGAGUUGCCCAAAGAUAGUGUCAAAAAAAGCACAAACGAAAUCCUCCUUCUUGGAUUUCGCUGUGAAGAGUGUUGAUUUAUGAUGAAUUAUAUGUGUAACGUGACCCUGGAUCACAAAAUCAGUCUUGAGUUGCACAGAUAGAAGCAAGAAGGUCGCUUUUUUGAGUCCAUUUCUGUGUGGAGUUUCCAUGUUCUGCCCGUGUUGGUGCUUCACUUCCCCUUACAGUCCAAACACAUGCGCUAUAGCGGAAUUGGAUGAAGUAAAUUGGCUGUACGCUGUAAAACCCAAUAAGUUAAGGUAACUCAAAUCAUUUGAGGAAACCGAUUGGAACAAACCAUUUAGGUUCAAAAACUAAUCCUAAUGAGUACUGUGAACUUAAUCCACUUGAGUAAACGAAGCAAUUUGAGCAGAGUAAAACCCAACUCAAACCAACUGAGUACUGUAAAACUUAAUAAGUUAAGGCAACUCAAACCGAUUGCUUAGUUAUAAACAACUAAUCUAUAUGAGUACUUCAUUUAAGUUGAAGUAAUGAGGUGUUUAAUUAACUCAUUACCUUCAACACUGAGUUCAAAACUCUUUUUAAGUGAGUUGAAUCAACUUUCAGUCAAUUUUGAGUUCACUACACAAUAAAGUUGACUGUUGGAUUUUACAGUGUGUGAAUUUGAGUGCAUGGGUGUUUCCCAGUACUGGGUUGCUGCUGGAAGGGCCUCCGCUGCGUAAAACUCACGCUGGAAUUGUUGUCGGUUCAUUCCGCUGUGGUGAUGUCUAAAAAUAGAGACUAAACCGAAGGAAAAGGAGUCAAAUUGAUCGAUUUUUAUUGUAUGCCAAAAAUCGUUAGGGUAUUAAGUAAAGAUCAUGUUCCUUGAAGAAACUUUGGACAUUUCUCUCUGUAAAUCUAUCAAAUCUUCAUUUUGGAUUAGUAGUAAGCAUUGCGGAAAUAGAGUCUGAGCAACUUUACAGGUGAUUUUUCUCUGUAUUUAGAUUUUUUGAACCCUCUGAUUUCAGAACUGUGUUGUAUCUCAAUCAAAUGUUACCCUAUCCUAACACAAAGCAUAUCUAAUCAGCUUUUAUUCAAUAUAUUUCCAAAUAUGUGGAACUCAUGACUGGUUUUGUGAUCCAGGGUCACAUAUAUUGUUUCUUAGUAAUAGUCUUGAUUCCCAUUAUUAUAGAAAUGUGCUGCUAGUAUCAGGAAAGUCUUUCCUUACCCAAAUCGUCACGAAACUGGAACAGCGCAGACACUAGUUCAGCGCCUGUCUGUGGGGUUUUGUGUCAAGCCAAUGGAUGAUGAAUUGAAUCAUACUGAUUCCUGGUUCAUCACGAUUCAUUUCAGUUCUGUUUGUCUUAAUCAGUUCCAUUUGUGAAACACCAUGACGAAACGUUCACGCAUAGCAAAUGUGAAACCUUCUACUAUGUAGCAACUCAUUUAUUUCAUCACACACUUGUGUCGUGAACUAUUUUGGGUAACAGCCUCAUAAAGGGGAACAUUCUGGGUAUUUUUGGUCUUUCCAGUCGUGCUGCCUUAUCACACAUACAACCUUCACGGCACAUUAACAAGGAUUUAGACAUUUGUGCCAAAUUUACCCAACAAAUGUGUACAGAUUUUUGCUAAUGAUUCCAAAAACGAUGACUAGAAUUAUUUAUGAAAUGAUCAAAUCAGACUUUUCUACUGUUAAUUCAGAUGUAUUUCCUUGUAAUUGAGAGAUAUAAACCUUCUGUCCAAUACUGAGUUAUUAUAACUCAUUUUUGUGUUAUGAAUUAGCAAUAUCACAUGAGUAGUUGUGCGAUAUGGCUGUAUAUCAGCACUGGUGGGAGGCGUGUGUUGGCUCGAGGCAGCAGGCCGAGUGCCUUAUUGUCUCACCAGUGACGAUAUACAGCCACAUCACACUGCUACAAGUGUGAUAUUGCGUUUAUACAACAGUUCGACGGCAUAAUCGUGUGUAUUAAAAAGAAAAUCAAACACGGAGAGUCUAAAAACCAUUUUGUUAGAGGAACUACUUUCUUCCGACAUUCAUUUACAUCUGCAGCUGACGUCAGAACAGCAGAAGCUGUUACUAAUUCACCAACGUCACUGUAGAGCUAGUGUUUGAGUGAUUCGCUAGCGUAAUGUCUAAAGUGAUGACAAAACAGCUCACAGUUUAAGAUUAUAAGGCUGAACGGCAUGAAAUGCCAUCAGUCUACAGAGAUUUCCCAGCAUUUCUAUGUUGCAAUCAGGAGAUCACGAUAAUUAACGGCAAAAAAAAAAGCCAAAGCAAAGCAAACACUAGCAGAUUACCAUGGUAUAAAUACAGCACUACAGCAUACACAAGAAAGACAUUGACUUACCUGUUUUAUACUAUUUUGAUUAGCCGUAGUUUGAAAUUUACACUGAGUUUUUCUCCUCUAAGGGCUUAUUACGCAUUCUCUGUCGCCAUCUUGUGGUGGAACAUCAACCAUCUUUGCUCUGCUCAGUAUGACAGGCUAAUGGCCGCCGAUGCGCUGAAUCUCCAAAAUGAUAAAUAUUUAAAAUAGCCACUAUCCUUUUAAAUAAACCACAUAGUUGUGAUCUAAUCAACUACAUCCUUGCAUAAAAAGCCUCAGAAGUGCAUUAUGUUGUCCAACAGCUGCCAUAUUUGUCAAACUGUAGUGAGUUUAUUGAUCUGCUGUCACUCUAUGUGCGCGGAGUAACACACAAAGGUGAAUAGGCUGUACGAGUGCUGAUAUGGCAGAAUAUCGCACGGCUAUCAGCCAAUCAGAUUCGAGAAUUAGAGAGAACUGUACUAUAAGUGACAAUAUAAUAGCAUAACAUUGCAAGUACACUCAUUCAAACAACACAAUAACUCAUUCCUUAGCAUAUUUUAUGUAAUUAUACUAAUUGUUAACAAUUUUGACAAUUGCUAAUAGGCACUGUUUCGAAACAAAUAGAAUAAUCGUAAUAAAUGUUAACAAAAUAGUGCCAGAUCUAGAAAAUAAAGUAACAUAUUUAACUAGGUCAGUUUAACGUCAUCUGGUUUCAGUUCUUAGGCGCCCACAUGAAAAUAUACUACAGUAAUUUAUAUACUAUAGUAAUUCUGACACUGAUACCUCCAAUAUAGAUUCGAUGAGAUGACAAUGGCUCUAAUAUGUAGCUGCCAUUGUGUUUUUAUGUAUGGGCAUAUAUAGUAAAGAAAUUGAGGUCAAGUCUAUGUGUUGUGCGUGUGAAGUUAAUAAAUAAGACUGCUAUUAGUUCAUCGUAGAUUUAUAAGAAUCGGUAGGCACAAUUUUUACGUCCACAAACCUACUCUCCAGCACUUUGGUUCGCAUAUACUGCUCAGUGCGUGUUGAAGAAAGCUGUUAUGUGUGAAAAAGCAGCACUUGACCUGGAGGCUCGGCUGAUGAUAGUAUCUCUCUUCGGGGAAUGUCGGCUCUCCACAUUUCUCACUCGCCCUCAGAUCUGUUCCUCUCUGCAUCGCUGGUGCCACGGCAAAUGCCAUUUUGGCAAAUCCAUUCACCUGUGUGUGAGUGUGUGUGUGUGAGUGUGCGCAAAUGUGUGUGUGGUUUGUGAGUCGACUCACAUGAAAUUUGUUUACUGAAGAUAUCCAAAUAUAUAUAUAUAUUGUAUGCUCUUCAUAUCUAAAUAUAACGUGCACUAUGUUUGCAUGUACAGUUUUACAGGAGAUUCACUUGCUCUUUUGUUAUUCUGAGUGUUUUGAAGAUGACGAUGAUUAUGAUGAAGAAAAAAAUUAACGAACAGGAAAAUAACUGUACAAAUGGCCUUAAUCUCUCACUGAAUUCUUGGAAUUGUGCGAUGCCUUCAGAUAUGAAUUGUUCUAUAUUUUGUGUCGGUUGUAUAAUUGCUUUCUAGUGUUUAUUUUCUUUGCACUCAUGUACGAAGAAUAAACUAUAUUGUAAUUUUUUUUGGGGGGGGGGGGGGGGAUCAGUGAUUAAUCAGAGAAAGCAUGAUUUUGAAGUUCUGAUUGUCUAGUAAAUCCAUAUGAUGAUGAAAUUAUUAUUUCUGUAUCGAGUACUAAUUUUGGAAUAAACAUUCGUAAUAUAUACAAA